GCCCUUCAUUAGAAACACAAUCCCGCUGGGGAGGGACGACACGGCACAGCGAGCAGCACGCACACGGGGAACAGUCACCUAACAGACCUGAGAGCCGGGCUCUUUCUUUUUUCUAUUGGGAGGAGGAGGACAACCGGGAGGGAAGCCAUUAGGAACCAGUGCGGGAUUUAUUCGGGGGGAAAAACAAACAAGCGAGCGGAAAAACUUCCAGGAAUGACCGGGUUUCUGUGAGCCUGACGACCCGGUGAAUCGAGUUUGCUGAGAGAGGAGGAAGAGGAGGAGGAAGAAGAAGAAGUGAUCUCCUCUCCUCGUAUUUCAGUGGCGCACGGGGACUGAACUCUGUGGACCACCGAUCAUCUGUGGACUUUGACUCUGCGCCUCCGAACACUGUUCUCCUCCCGAUCCGCUGUCACUAAUAAAAGCGACGUUUUUUAAAAACACCCUAGGAGCUGGUCCUCAGAUCUCGCUGCAAUGGGGGAGCAGCCAAUCUUCACCACCAGGGCCCACGUCUUCCAAAUCGACCCGACCACCAAGAAGAACUGGGUUCCUGCCAGCAAGCAGGCUGUCACUGUCUCCUAUUUUUACGACAGCACACGCAACAGCUACCGCAUUAUCAGCGUGGAUGGAUCUAAGGUGAUCAUCAACAGCACCAUCACACCCAACAUGACGUUCACCAAGACAUCGCAGAAGUUCGGCCAAUGGGCCGACAGCAGGGCCAACACGGUGUUUGGACUGGGCUUCGCCUCUGAGCAGCAGCUGAGCAAGUUUGCUGAGAAGUUCCAGGAGGUAAAAGAAGCGGCCAAGCUGGCGAGGGAUAAAUCUCAAGAGAAGGUGGACACGCUGAGUAAUCACUCCCAGGAGUCUGGCCCUGACACGCCCUCCUCCAACCAGGCGUCCAGCAUCAAUGGGACAGAUGAUGAGAAAUUCUUUCAUGUGGGUCCAGAGGACGCCGUGCUGCAGACCGAGAACGAUCAGCUGAAGAGUGCAGUAGAGCAGAGCAACACCAACGCCAAAAAGUGGGAAACAGAGCUGCAGACUUUGAGAGAGAAUAAUGCCAGGCUGGUGGACGCACUCCAGGAGUCUUCGGCUAAUGUGGAGAGCUGGAAGAAACAACUCAGUACCUGCAAGGAGGAGAGCGACACGCUCAGGGAAAAGAUUGCCGUAUUAGAAUCCCAGUGUAACGAAGCCAAUCAGGAGAAGCAGCAAAACGCCCAACUGGGUGUACGAGUGCAGGAGCUGGAGGCGGAGCUCCAGGACAAAGAGCAGGAGCUGGAGAACCUGAGGAAGCAGGCGGAGAUCAUCCCUCAGCUCAUGGCAGAGUGCGAGAGCAUCACUGAGAAACUGCAGGCUGCAGAGACGAGGAACAAGGAGCUGGAGGGCCGGAUAGAGGGUCUGCAGCUGGACAUAGACGACAGUCGACAGAAGCAGGGCAACAUGAAGGGCGAGCUGAAGAAGUUCAUGGAUAUUCUGGACGGAAAGAUCGACGAGCUGCACGAGGUCCGGCAGGGGCUCUCCAAGCUCGGCGUCGAUAAUUGAGAAAAUGUGGCACGGAGCUGAAAGGGUCAGAGGUCAGGUACGAAUGAGUCACUACAGUACGUCUUCAGGCCAGAAACUAUGUGGCACCUCCUCCCCCCCCACCCCCAAAGGUGACGUCCACUCAGACGCUAUCAGCUUUGGCUUCUAAUAAACACUCCCAUGUGAGAGAGAGACUGGCCGAGUGGAAGGAGGGGGGGCCGGCUUGCUCCAACAAAUGGCUCCAUUUUGUGUGCUGGCAGAAACUCAAUCAAGAGUCACACUUACUUAUCUGUUUCUUUGGGGGGGUGGGGUGUGGGGGGGGGCAUGGCUUUAAGAAGCUGGUGGAGGGUUCUUCGACUCUUAGGGCAGCAGAGGGGACUUAAAGGGCUAAAACGUGACAGUGUUCAGUGUCACUGGUGUAAUAAUUGGUAUUAAUCCCUGUGCCCCCCCCCCCCCCCCC